GUUGUUUUGAGCGAGUCAUUCGCGAGACGUGAGACAGCCGAAGAAAUAUAAACAACUUCGGUAGCAGCAGGCAAAACAUUUUGUAAAUCGAAAUAAUCAAAAAGUGGCUGUUUUUGAUCAAAUCAAUAUAAAUAGUUAAAUAGUUUUAGCAGGUGUUGUGUUCUAGGGCGUUACUUCCUGGGACAUAGAUUUUGUGACGCCAUAAAAUCUCACGACUAGUCGAGGCAAUGGGAACCAAAAUAAAUAUAUUGUAGUGCCCAAGUUCAUACUACAUACAUAAUAUGUACAAUAUAUAAUUAUACUUAUAUGUACUGCGAACUGUUAGUACAAGGACAGCGUUUGAAUCAUCAUUCAGCUACGUGAAAUCAGAUACUAAUCGAAAUAUUAUUGAUUGAAGGAGAAACUCACACUUAGGGGCCUUCCAAUAAACACAUACACAGAUAGCUGUAAAUGUUUUUUACUGUUUUUAUCGAAUGUACCAAGGAAUGCACAUAUUGAAGUACAAAACGGAAUUGUUUUUAAAGUUGUAGUCUAGCCUCCCCCUCCCUCUUUAAAUAAGGAUAUUUGAACAAUGUGUCUGGGGGUUUUAUGUAGAAAACUUCUCUGCUGUUGUGACCAGGCCAAACAAGGCGGGUUGAAUGAGGCCUCGUUUUACGAGUACUCAGAUGCACUGCCCAAGUACAGCAACGAGCAAAUUGGUAAACUGAGCGAAGGAGUUAGCUUCACCAUUACUGGCAGAAUAGCAAUCAACUGCGAAAGAUUCUCCAUUAAUUUUGUGUACGCCAAUGAGACGCGGGAUGUGGCGCUACACAUUAAUCCACGAUUGCCACAGAAUUAUAUCGUGCGAAACAGCAAAGUGGCCGAUAUAUGGGGCAGCGAGGAAGUCUCAUCAGCACUGCCCUUUCUACUGCGCAGAGGAGAUACAUUUGCCAUACAAGUUCUCAUCACAGACGCCUGCUAUAUGAUCUCGGUGAAUGGCAAUCACUUUGCUGAGUAUGCCCAUCGGAUUCCUUAUGGCGCGGUUCAACUGCUGGAGGUUAAGGGCGAUGUGGAAAAUGUGGAAAUGCAGCGCGUUGUAGUGGAAAACUAUCCUCAGCGAUUGCCCGAGUCGCAGGCUAAGAAAAUUGAGCUGCACAUAGUGGAAGGACUGGAUGAAAUUGAUGCCAAUGUUGAGGAGGCCAUCAAUAUACCUCCUGAUUGGUGCCUCAUCAGUGCGCCUGUUACACACACAGACAGUUCCCCCAAGAGUACACACAGCACAGGCGAUGCAGGACUCACAUUGCCAUAUUAUGGUGCCCUGCCAGCGAACUCUCUAUUCGAGGGCAGAUGCUUGAAGAUCGAAGGACGCGUGCGGCUGCUUCCACAUUCUUUCUACAUCAACCUGCAGCAGGGCCGGGACAUAUGGCCACAUCCUGUAAUAGCAUUCCAUUUAAAUCCACGAUUCUCGAAGGCAAGCAGCGGCGCCAUAGGGAAAGCUGUGGUCUGCCGCAAUGCCUGGUACAAUGGCAGCUGGGCGGUCGAGGAACGCUCGGAGUUGGACACAAAUUUCCGUCCCGGUCGUACAUUCAGCUUGGCCAUUGUAUGCGCCAGGGAAUCAUUUGAGGUCUAUGUCAACAAGCAGUUUAUUACGCAAUUUAAAUACAAAGUUGGCCCCGAGAUAGUGGACACUGUGUACAUACAAGGAGAUGUUAAGCUAUGGAACGUCACACUGGAGCACAAUCCAAAGGUUAAGGGCAAGAAUAUGCGAAUCUAUCACAAUCCCCUGAUGGAUGAUGAAUAUUAGCGGGAAAACAGCCAGCUGGAUGUACAUUUUGUUUAUUCGUGUCUUUUUUCCACAGUUGUGGAGCGACAAUAAUAUGAUAAUAAAAUGCUAAGCUUGUUUUUUA